CGGGCUGCCGAGGAGGAAGAUGGCGCCGUGAGGGGGGUUCCAGCCGCCGCCACCUCCGCUUCCCGGCCGAUUCAGAGAACAGUAUGGCUGCUACUGCCGCUGUCAGCCCCAGCGAAUAUUUGCAGCCUGCUGCUUCGACAGCCCAGGAUUCUCAGCCAUCUCCGCUAGCCCUGCUUGCUGCCACAUGUAGCAAAAUCGGUCCCCCGGCUGUGGAAGCAGCUGUUGCCUCUCCAGCCCCUCCUCAGCCUACCCCUCGGAAACUGGUCCCUAUCAAGCCCGCUCCACUCCCAUUGACCUCCAGCAAGAACAGCAUUGGGAUCUUGUCAUCAAAAGGCAACAUAUUCCAGAUCCAGGGCUCCCAGCUAGGAACCUCCUAUCCAGGGGGCCAGCUUGUGUUUACUAUCCAGAAUCCGACGGUGAUCAACAAAGGGGCCCGCUCACCUGCCAACAUCCAGUACCAGGCAGUUCCACAGAUCCAGACGGCAUCGGGGCAGACCAUCCAAGUGCAGCAGAACUUGGCCAACCAAAUACAGAUUAUUCCCAGCACCAUCACAUCUUCCCCCUCUUCCUCCUCCUCUGCUCAUAAGCCGGUGCCAAUCAAGCCAGCACCAGCUCACAAGACCCCACCAGCGUCUGUCCACAACGCAAGCAACGUAGUCAAGUUAACUGGCACCAGCGGUAACGUCACGCUUACUCUUCCCGUGAGUAACCUGGUGAGUGCAGGGGACGCCGGAGCGCAGCCUCAGAUCAUCCCAGAGAGCCCCUCGAAGCCGAGCAAGAAAGCCCGGAAGAAAGCGAUGUCACCGGCCCAGACGGCUGCCAUGGCGGUGACGGAACAAGUGGAGACUGUCUUGAUCGAGACCAUGGCCGAUAACAUCAUCCAGGCAGGGAACAACCUGUUGAUUGUGCAGAGCCCCGGCUCUGGCCAGCCAGCGGUGGUCCAACAGGUGCAAGUGGUCCAGCCCAAGCAAGAGCAGCAAGUGGUGCAGAUCCCCCAGCAAGCUCUGCGGGUCGUCCAGGCAGCCUCAGCCACGCUGCCCACAGUCCCCCAGAAGUCGCCGCAGAACUUCCAGAUCCAGACCGCUGAGCCGACUCCCACUCAGGUCUAUUUCAAGACUCCCUCUGGCGAGCUGCAGACAGUGCUACUCCAAGAAGCCCCGGCUGUUACCGUGGCCCCUUCCCCUACCGCCUCCUCCACCCCUUCCUGUAGCAGUCCUGUCCCCCGCGGCCCCCAGGCAGGAGGAAGUACCAAAAAGACGGGGGCUCGCAAGGAGCGGGCCCUGCCAAAGAUUGCCCCUGCCGGAGGCAUCAUCAGCCUCAACGCAGCUCAGCUCGCCGCUGCGGCUCAGGCCAUGCAGACCAUCAGCAUCAACGGGGUGCAAGUUCAAGGCGUCCCUGUCACCAUCACCAACACCGGAGGCCAGCAACAGCUGACGGUGCAGAAUGUGUCUGGCAACAACCUGACCAUCAGCGGCCUGAGCCCCACCCAGAUCCAGCUACAGAUGGAGCAGGCGCUUUCAGGGGACCUACAGCCUGGGGAGAAGAGACGGCGGAUGGCAUGUACCUGCCCUAACUGCAAGGACGGGGAGAAAAGGUUGGGGGAUCAGGGGAAGAAGAGGCACAUCUGCCACGUGCCUGAAUGCGGAAAGACCUUCCGUAAGACCUCUCUGCUGCGGGCCCACGUGCGCCUGCACACCGGAGAGCGCCCUUUCAUCUGCAACUGGGUCUUCUGCGGGAAGCGGUUCACGCGCAGCGAUGAACUGCAGCGGCACGCACGGACUCAUACAGGGGACAAGCGUUUUGAGUGCGCCCAGUGCCAAAAGCGCUUCAUUAGAAGUGACCACCUGACGAAGCACUAUAAAACUCACCUGGUCACCAAGAACUUGUAGGGCUGGAUGCAA